GUGCAGCAAUGCAUUUGCUGGAUUUCGUGCAGAUUUCGGUUAGAGAAAUGAUAAAGUAUGUUUUUAUUGUAAGUACUGAAUACAUUGAAAAUUGUGUUCCGAUGAGCUAAAUCUUUUACGAAGAAAUCGAAGGACACGUUCAUUUGGUUGUUUUCUUCCUUUUCGUUUUCGGCCAUCGUCUUGGAAUCGGUUCGUCAUUAAAAAAAGAAGAGGAAAGCACAACAAAUAGGUGAAAUUCACGAAUCUUCGCUAGUUACUAGUGACGUAUUUCUGUUUUGGAUACAGAAAAAAGUCGACAGAAGUUUUAUUUUACUCUGUAGAUAACCCACGAUUGUUUGUGUCUGUGAAGACAGAGAGGGUGAAGAUUGUGUUUUCCUUCAGCCCUACGACGAAAUGAAUGGAAGCUUAUGGAAUUCUCGUCCACACAGGCAGGUAUAAACAUUGAGAAGGGAAAGAAUGGGAAGUAUGAAUGUGACAGUUGCAAGAAAGAAUUCGCUUCGAAGUCCAAUUUAAAACGUCAUCAAAGGAUUCACACUGGAGAACGGCUCUUUUGCAAAUUCUGUAAUCGUCAAUUUAUCCAUUCCAGCAGUUUAUGGUACCACGUCAAGACACACACCGGGGUGAAACCCUUUACCUGUGAUUAUUGCAAACGGAGUUUUACACAGAAAGGAAAUCUGAUUGAACAUCUGCGUGUUCAUACAGGGGAAAAGCCGUUUUCGUGUAAUUAUUGCUUACAAAAGUUCUGUUUUAAAAGUAAUUUAAAUUGUCAUAUUAAUAAAUAUCAUAAUAAUAAAUGUUUAAAUAAUCAGAAGUCAAGUAAUGGGAAGUAUCGAUGUGACAGUUGCAAGAAAGAAUUCGGUUCGAAGUCCAAUUUAAAACGUCAUCAAAGGAUUCACACUGGAGAACGGCUCUUUUGCAAAUUCUGUAAUCGUCAGUUCCUCCAUUCCAGCAGUUUAUGGUACCACGUCAAGACUCACACAGGGGAGAAACCCUUUAGCUGUGAUCAUUGCAAACGGAGUUUUACACAGAAAGGAAAUCUGAUUGAACAUCUGCGAACUCACACCGGGGAGAAACCAUUUACCUGUGAUCAUUGCAAACGGAGUUUUGCACAGAAAGUAUAUCUGAUUCAACAUGUCCGAGUGCAUACAGGGGAAAAGCCAUUUUCGUUAUCGUAUUUUACAGGUUUAAAUAAUCAGAAGUCAACGAAUCGGAAGUAUCGAUGUGACAGUUGCAAGAAAGAAUUCGCUUCGAAGUCCAAUUUAAAACGUCAUCAAAGGAUUCACACUGGAGAACGGCUCUUUUGCAAAUUCUGUAAUCGUCAGUUCCUCCAUUCCAGCAGUUUAUGGUACCACGUCAAGACUCACACAGGGGAGAAACCCUUUACCUGUGAUCAUUGCAAACGAAGUUUUGCAAUGAAAAAAACUCUGAUUGAGCAUCUGCGAACUCACACAGGGGAGAAACCCUUUAGCUGUGAUCAUUGCAAACGAAGUUUUGCAAAGAGAGGAAAUCUGAUUGAGCAUCUCCGAUCUUUAGACAAUGAUUUUAAUAUUUAUAUUUUAUCGUAUUUUACAGGUUUAAAUAAUCAGAUGUCAAGUAAUGGGAGGUAUCGAUGUGACAGUUGCAAGAAAGAAUUCGCUUCGAAGUCCAAUUUAAAACGUCAUCAAAGGAUUCACACUGGAGAACGGCGCUUCUCUUGCAAAUUCUGUAAUCGUCAGUUCCUCCAUUCCAGCAGUCUACGGUACCACGUCAAGACUCACACCGGGGAGAAACACUAUACAUGUGAUCACUGCAAACGGAGUUUUACACAGAAAGGGACUCUGAUUGAACAUCUGCGGACUCACUCAGGGGAGAAACCCUUCACCUGUGAUCAUUGCAAACGGAGUUUUACACAGAAAGGGACUCUGAUUAAACAUCUGCGAACUCACUCAGGGGAGAAACCCUUCACUACCUGUGAUCAUUGCAAACGGAGUUUUACACAGAAAGGGACUCUGAUUAAACAUCUGCGAACUCACUCAGGGGAGAAACCCUUCACUUGUGAUCAUUGCAAACGGAGUUUUGCACACAAAGGAAAUUUGAUUCGGCAUCUCCGAGUGCAUACAGGGGAAAAGCCAUUUUCGUGUACUUGUUGCUUACAAAAGUUCAGUUUUAAACGUAAUUUAAAUAAUCAUAUUAUCAAAUGUCAUAAUAAUAAUGAAUAACGCUCUUCGUUAUGAA